GUCAAAACAUUUCAGGGUUUUGUUGUCUUUUGUGUAGCAAACAGCCGCAAGGAAGCUCCGUUUUGUGCACAUUUUCCCCCUGAUUUCAUCACUUUUUAGCAUUCAUUUGUGCACGUGGCUACUGCCAAAGGUACCAUGGAUCACGAAAAUCUCGAUGACUUCCACGAAACCACCACAAUUGCUGAGGAGGAGCGAAAAAACUUCGAGAGUGUCGUUGCUGCUUUUCGUAACUAUCGAGUUAACAGUUUACAGAAGCUCAAUGCCACCGAAGUUUAUCUCAACCGAUUGCCAGCCCAUCAUCAGCAGAUGCUGAAGAGGUACACGGAGAAUCUGCGAAGGAUUCGAGAAUGUAUCGAUCAGAAUUACAAGAUCAUCCAAAAGCUCCUUGUGGAUGUGAAUAAUAUCUUCAGCAAUGAACCCGUUCAAGCUGUGUGUGCGGGUGAUCACAACAAUUGCAAUCCUGAACCGGGAUUCCGUCCAAAUGAGAUUGAAACCUCUCACCAGGUAGACCCAUUUAAAUCAUUAAAGGUGGAAAUUACUCUGAAACUCUUUGUACGAGACUGGAGCUCGGAAGGUGCUGAGGAGCGUGAGCAGUGUUACACACCAAUCAUCAAUGCCAUCAUGAAGGCAUUCAAUCCGGAAGAUGUGGAUGUGAGCAGAGUAAGGGUGCUCGUACCUGGAGCUGGAUUGGGGAGAUUGGCAUAUGAAUUGGCCUAUCGUGGCUACUUUUGCGAAGGCAACGAAUUCUCCUACUUUAUGCUUAUCGCUUCGAAUUUUCUACUCAACAAGUGCAUGUGGGCAGACCAAUUUGUGUUACACCCAUGGAUUCAUCAGUACGUGAAUAAUAUGAAGCGAAAAGACCAGACAAGGCCAAUCCACUUCCCUGACGUCAGCCCCAUUCAAGCUCCACCGAGUGGGGAAUUCAAUAUGGUAGCUGGAGAUUUUCUGCAAGUGUACAAUGACUGGAAUGCGUGGGAUUGCGUCGCCACGUGCUUCUUCAUUGAUUGUGCCAACAAUGUGGUGGAAUUCGUCGAGAGGAUUUACAGAAUCCUCAAACCCGAAGGAAUCUGGGUGAAUUUGGGCCCCCUUCUGUAUCACUACAGUGAUAUACUCAAUGAAGGGAGCAUUGAGCCAACGUAUGAGGAUCUACAGUCCAUAAUUGAAGCUGUUGGCUUUAAAUUUCUCCGCAAUGAGAGCGGAGUGCGCACAAAGUACAACCAAAAUACGCAAUCAAUGCAGCAAAGUGAAUACCUCAGUGUAUUCUUUGUAUGCCAGAAGCCUCAUGAAACCGUGACGAAUGAUGUGGAGGUGGAUGGGGUGGAGAGAGAUGGUUAAAGAGGUCAAUUCCUUGAAAUUAAUUAGUUUUUAAGCUCGAGUGUGAUUUUUCAUUUUUCUUUCGCGUCCCAGUUCUUUCAAAAUGAAAUCUUAGGCUUAAUUCUUUUAAUCAUUUAUUUACUUUAACUCUUCUAUACUUAACUUGCAUUGUAAUUUGAAUUAAUGUAACGUACAAAGAGCUGUGGCAGGGUAUCCAAAGAGGGGGGUGAAGAUUGGAGUUUAAUGUAAUUGAGGAAUAAUUGACGAACCCGCCGCAAUUGAGCCACACCGAUUUCCGGGGGAAUAUCCACCAUCAGCUCCUCAGAUCCUUUGUAUGAGACUGAAAUUGUGCCGGGACUUUGUUUUCUCAACGCAACAAUUUCCAUGACGAUUCCGCGGGUUAUUUGAUCAAGUUCAUAGAGGUAGUUUGCCGGACAGACGGGUGCCUGAAAAAUACGACCAAAAUGAGAAAAAAAAGUAUUUUAUUACAAAGAUGAAAAUAGUUUUGUGCUCAUGGAUCUCUCGAGAAAUCGAUAUUCUUAAUAAUCUUAUAAAAUAAAAUGAAAAAACUAAAAUUAAUAAUUA